AUGGGAUUAAUUGAGGAGCGACGCUUGGAGGAUCCACCCAUAUACGUCUUUCUUCAUCUGUUCCCUUUAUUUGUGCAACUCAAAACUGAAUCAGUCCUGUCCACUCACACCUGGUCUUAUGACAAAAAUGGAGAAAUACCCAUCCCACGCCAUCAGUGCGAAGACCUUGGUCUACCCACUGAGCUUGGCAUGGAAAGCAUCAUGGAAAGCGACACAUAUGGAUGGCCUAGCGAGACGUACAAAUCCAUCCACAAAUGGCAGAUUGCAAGAGGUUUCGAUCCAACCACCACUGACUUCGCAUGUCACCUCAAACAUCCCAUAUUUGAAGUUAGGCCAUCAGGCCGGUUUGAAGAGCUGUGUGCUGCAGGACCCUCUGAAGCACCAAAUUUUACAGAAAGCCCAUGCAAGGAUGAUCAAGGUCAAUCCAUGAUUGGUUCAAUCUGGUCAGCAAUCACAGCUCCUCUCACUUACGCUGCUGAUGAAGAUUCAGAAAUUUCUGUGGCAUUGAUGUAG